UGAUUCUUAUUUGUUCUGGGACGAAACUUUGAAACAUGUCACGUAUUUAAUAAUUCGCGGUUGUGUUGUUGCCGGUGCGGUAUGAAUUCGUAGAAUCAGUUUAGGCCGUGUUGGUAUAACAAAUUGUAGAUAAAAUAGUCAAGCGUGUUAAUAGACUUUACCGAGAGUAGCCUCAGGCGGCUUGCAGCCAGGUAAAAGUGUUUUUCGUAAGCGGACACCCAUAAGUAUCCCACGUAUGAAAACGAAAUGCACGCCGGGGUUUUCAGGCCCAGAAUAUCGGAAGAGGCCUUUCAGAUCCUCCUCGAUGUUAUGGAGAGUAAUUUCGCGGCUCUAAGACUGCCUGCCGACACAAAUCAAAGCACCAAGAACUCGUCGAAACGCCGAAAACUCCCGGCCCUGACGCAGCAACGCUCCUGCGGGCAGAAUUGCGUCCUCGCAGCUUACUGCUACGCACCCAUAAUCGAUCAGAGUUUUCUCAGGUUUGCCCACCUCGCGACGAGCGGGAGCCGAGAAGAAUUCGGCGCCGUAUUCCAGGUGAUUCUGCCGCUUCCCCGGACCGUAAAAAGCAUAACAAGUCGGGCUACGAUGAGGAUUACCAAACCGCUGGACGAAAGUCAGGAGCCGAUGGAAAUCGAGGAGAUCAGCUACACGGAGCCAUCGAUUCCCGUCGUCAUCCUCGAUCCGUCAGCUAUCAAGACUGAAAAGCUCGACGAGGAGGAGACUGAGCCUUCCAACGUUCGGCCGAAGGUCAUCCUCAGGGAAUCGAAGCUGUCCAACAUCCAGGAGGGUCCGUCGACCGGACGCGAAGCAGCGGAAGUCGAGGAAGUCGCGGAAGCCAAGGAACCUGCGGCGGAGGGGUUGACGAGGUCGGACGCUUAUCAACGAACGAAAUCUACGCUGCGGUCUCUCGUGCGUUCGAAAGAAGUCGCCGCGACGGAAACGCAAGGGAGGAAAACCAGGUUCUACUAUUUUUGGCAGACGAUAUUCUUCGUUCUUUUUCCCAUCGCCCUGAUCGUUGCCGGGGUAACGAUAUCGCGAGACGAGUCUUACGACCUUGACUGCGUCCAGCGUUUCGACCCCGCCGAGACGAUAAGGGAGUUGGAAAACCGCGUCUUCGGCCAGGCCAAAGCCGUUCAGGAGCUCGGGGUCCAGCUGACGACCCUGGAAUCAAGCCGGUUCAAGAUCGUCGUUUUGAUCGGAGGAACGGGGAUCGGGAAAUCGUACGCAGCUCAUAUUAUCAGCGAGAAUUUUCCCGCCCGAAGAAACGUUUUCCACUACAUCCCCCGCCUACAGCCGAUGGAGAGGUACGCUUGGGAGCUGUCCUCUGACUGCGGAUGCAAUUUAAUUGUAAUCGAGAACUUGAGCAACAGAGACAUCGCGGAUGCGUCAGAUUUCGCGGCGCGAUUGGCAUCGCGGGUAGCGCAGGGCAAUUACUGCCUGCUGAUUCUCCAAGUGAUUAACGUUCACGAAAUCCACGACGACCUUAAGCACACCGUUGAUCUCGCGAGGAGUACCAAAGAGAUUCAGGACUAUUAUAAGAGCAAAAAUUUGAACGUCAAUGUCGUCACGUUCGAACCACUCAGCAGCGAUGACGUCGACAGGUGCAUCGCCGAAGCCGCCAAAGAGCGGAAACUCACCCUUUCCGCUGACGAAAUUCGCCGCGUUAGGCUCGGUUUGGAAAUUGCCGGCAGUGGGUGCAAGGGGGCUUACGCGAAGGUUCAAUUAUUUGACAAAAAAAUCGAUGUUUAGAUAUUAUUUUUCACUUUCUUUCAUUUUUUUGAUUUUUUACAAAUUUAUUACGCAGUGUGGAUCGCCCAGUUCUUAAUUUCUGGGAUUUCAGUUUGACGAUUUUUAUGAAUAGACAUCUCAAUUUUUUUUUUUCCUUACAUAUAGCCGAAAUUAGUCGGGGUUCUUGACGUAUAGACUCAGAUUGAAAUUUUAUGGAACGAUGUGCUGAAUUGAAAGUCACUGCCUUUUCGUUGAUUUCAUUACGAGAUAGUCGGACAUUGAUGAUUUAUCAAAUUUAUAUAAUCGUGAGCAAUGACGAUUUUCCUGAAAAUUCAAGAUAAAAAAAUACUGAAAUUGUAACUGCCGAGCUUAGAUAUCGAUUCUUCAUUUCAAAUCGGUUUGAAAUGGAAAAAAUUUUAGCGGAUACUUUAUCUUGCACUCCACGGUGGCUUAUUUAGGCAUGAUGGAAUGAAAUCGAUUAGGAUUUGAACCAUUUUAAAUUGCUUUGAAAGAAAAAGUCGAUAUUAUGGCUUUAAUUUAUACAAUUUUAAUGUUAGUAUUUUUUCCUGAAUUCUUAGGGAAAUCUUAUUUUCGAAUUCGUGAAUUUGGUGGAAGCUCAAUGAGCGACUAUCCCGUAAUAAAAUAAGCAAAUAACCUUGACUCUUGGCUCAUUAUUAUCUGUGAGUGACAUCGACGACAUUGUGGCAUUUGAAUGAAAGAACCUAUAAUCAUGAAACGUAAAAAACUGCCGUUGACGCAAUAUUUCCGCUGAAAUUUAAAUUCUGCAUCUUGGCGUUCGUAACCAGAUAAAAAUUAUCGAAUAGCCUCUUAGGUAAUGACUAGAUAUGGUAUAUAUAUAUGAUAAAAAAAAGUCAGGGUCCUUUUGUAGUGGAGUUCAGGGAACAUACUCGCAGAAUCUUAUCCUUGCUGACAGCGAAAUCGACCACAUUAAGAACGGUUUAAAAAUUGUCGACAACAGGUGCAAGGAAGCUUACACGAAGGUUCAAUUAUUUAACCAAAGAUUCGAUGCUACAUAAUUAAUGAUUAGAAUCAAGUACGUAUAAAUUGAUAAUAAAUUGUUAUAAUGGCAAGUCAGGGUUGUUCUACGUCGCAGUUAAGACGUACGCAUAAUUUUUUCUUAGAUAUAUUUCAAACUUUUGAAGAACAAUAUUUUUCGUUACUUGAGCCGCGUAGGUCUUCUUAAUUCUUUGUCCGUUAUUAAGAUAUUUUUCGGUGUUUUUUUUCCAGAUUAUCAGUUUAUCCAUAGAAAGCAUUGUGCCAAAGCGUAUCAAGGAUUUCACAAAAAGUGUUCGGGCUUCCGUCUAAUUAUAAUUAUAGAAAUUAGUAAUAACCGUUUAUUAUUCAGCACCACGUACUCAACAACGUUUAAAUAUCUUGAUCAGUUUCUUUCAAUUCACGAUCCAAUAUGCACUAAUUGUAAGUAGUAAAUUAAAGUACGUUGCUCAAUUAUCAAAGACUUGGAAUUUUAAUAUAACUAAUAUAAGUAUACAACUUGUUAAGAAUUCCUGCCUGAUUUAUCGCGAUUGUGAGAAAUUUAUUUACCUCAUGUUUGUGUGAAACCGAACGAGACGAAUUGGAAAGAAGUUACUACUAAAAAAAAAUGGCGAAUGUGUGGUCUAUUUAACAUAGAGAUUGUACAAUUAUUAUAUUUUUGGGUACAUUUUCUAAAUAGAAUUUAGGUGAUAUUAUACUGAUACUGCGUGUGCGCAUCAUAAAGAGUGAUAAAAGACAUUUCUAAGCAAAGUUUAAGUAUAGCUGUGAACUAAGUUGUUUGUUAUCGACAAUACAAUAUCGAUUCUUAUAAAUAAAACGUCACUUUUCUUAAACCAA